CAGACGCGAUAACGAAAAAAUGCUAGUUGUAGAAUCUUUAGUUGUAUAUAUAUUGCGGGACAUGUGCUACUGCAGUGCGAUGUAGAAACGAAAUUAUCUUAAUCGCCUUUUAAUUAUUCUCGAGCUGGUCCUUCGAUGAGUCGUCUAUGUCGGUGAUUCUAUACGUAAAACAAGAAGCAGCAAGCAUGAUUCGAGAUUGUUUCAACGUAGUUUUAGUUAUCUCGUUGAUUGUCCAUAAUUUUACGACGAUUCUAGCACUACAGUGCAAGGGAGAGAACAACCAAGAUGUUGACUGGUUUGUUAUUUACAAGAUACCUAAGCUCCCGAAAAGUGACAAUGUUUUGAUAAAGGAGGGGGUAGCCUAUUUGUACAUGGACAGCAGUAAUUACAAAUCGGGCUGGACACUAUCUGAAAAAGAUAUUAGUAAAAAUGACUCGAUACCAGCGUACACUCUAUCGCCGUUCUACGACGACAAAACUGCGAUAGACUCGCUCUGGAUUUUGUACAACGACCAGCCGCCCAAUCAGCCCGCCAGACUGAUAAACGGCCACGCCAAGGGCGCGAUAAUCACCAACGGCAAGGAGGGCUUCUGGCUGAUACACAGCGUGCCGAAUUUUCCACCGCAACCGAACACGGGUGAGGACGUGUUGAGAUCGAAAACCGACAAGGUCGAAUCGAUCGGUGCACAAGCUGGAGCCAAUAAGGAUUACCCAACCGGCGGAUACUCGUAUCCGUCGUCGGGACGAGCCAACGGCCAGAGUUUUUUGUGCGUGUCCACGAACGAGGACAGCUUCAACUCGAUCGGCAAGCAGCUGAUUUACAAUCAAAUCAUAGUCUAUCGAAGAAACGUGCCGAAUCGAUUGACGAGCAAAUUCACUACGCUCGUCGAGGCGGCCAAACAAGUCCGCGUAAACAGUCCGCCGUACUACCACAUGGUCAACUUUUAUUCCAAAAGCGGAAUGAAAUUCACGUCGUUCGCCAAAAGCAGCAAAUGGGACAAAGACUUGUACGACGACUUCGUUGCGCCGCAAUUCAAUACCGAUCUCUACACCGAAACCUGGAUGAAUGGACGUGGAAAAUUGCCCACAGAUUGUAACAGUACAAAGGUCAUGAAUAUUAAAUCGAUAUCGCUAUCGAAAGCUCAAAUCAGCUUCAACAGUACCCACGACCAUUCGAAAUGGGCCAUCUCUGCCAACGAUAAAUAUUCAUUGGUCUGCAUCGGCGAUAUCAAUCGCGCUAACACUCAAUUUCUUCGAGGCGGUGGCACGGUUUGCCUCAGCUCGCCCGAGGUUUGGAAGAGCUAUCGCGACUCCGUGGAGGACGUCGAGCCCUGCCCGAUCAACAAGAAGAAAGGAGUCUUCGAGCGCAUCAAGUCCUGGUUCGGAUGACACUUGACCGAGCUCUAUCUCAAAUUAUCGAGUGCCUACGCGUAGAGCGUAUAUUUUUGAUACUGCGUAUUUUUGAUACUUUUUUUUAUCCGUGAGAGUAUAUUAACUCUGUUUUGACUGUGCAAUAAAGAUUCGUUUUUAUACGAUUAUAAAGCUGAGCUUGAUUUCAAUCGGGUGUCGCGCAAUUCAUCGAC